UCGAGGCGGACGGCCGGCCUGGAUGGAUGGAGCUGGAGGACGAGGGCUCCGCUCCCCGGGACAAGGAGGAGGCGGCAGCAGCAGCAGCAGCCGCCGCCGCCGCCAAAUCCGCCCGGCUCGACAUGAGCCACGGCUUCGUCCGCCACAUCCGCCGUAACCAGAUCGCCAGAGACGAUUACGACAGGGAGGUGAGACAGGCGAAGGAGAGGCAGAAGAAGAGGCAAACGCCAGCUCCAGUCCGUCCCCGCAAGCCGGACCAGCAAGUGUACCACCCGCGCCGCAAGAACGGAGUGGAGUAUUCUUCGGGCUUCGAGUGCGAGGAGUCCAACGAGAGCAGCUCAGGGACCGACCAGGAGCCGCCGGCGAUGGAGCACCGCAGCACCGAGCUCUUCUGCCUGGAUUACCAGGCGGACGACAAAAUCGUCACCUCAAUGGUCAUUCACCAGGGCGACGAUCCCAGGAUCGUGGCCGAAAAGAUCGGGAGCAAGAACAGCUUGGAGCCCCUGAUGAAAGAAGCCCUGCGAUUGCGGAUCCAGGAGGAGAUCGAGAAGAGGAUCUCGAAGCGUUGAACGCUACCCCAGACCCAGCCGGCGCUCGGGUUUUCGUUGGUACUUUCAUGUCUUUGCGUGGUGUCUUUUCCCCAGCCCCAGAGUGAGGUGUGAAACGAUCCGAGGCCCUGUUGGGGAGGGGGGGUGGUCGGGGUGUGUGCUACAGCAACCGUGGCACGGGGCAACGUGAUCGUGAACGGGAAAGCGAGGGCGACUUUGAAUUUCUGCAGUUCGACAACACCCAUCGUGCAGUGAACUGCCGAAGACAGCGGGAGUGCGCCACUCUGGGGUCGACCUUGAAUAUCAGUUCCGCAAUUCGCUGUGCUCAGUGUUAAACAAGAGAAACACCGUUAAUUCACGAACGAUGAGCAAGUUUCACUUGUUCGUGUCUUCACCAGUGCCAAUAUCGUGGGAGCAGGACACGCCAUUUCUCAAAGCGCGCAGCAGCUGGAGUUUCCACGUUCUCCCCUUCCGCGUGGCGUCGGAACGCAAGGGAGUCGCAAUCACCUUCCUUUGAUGGCUGACCGCAAGGAUAUGGAAAGCGAGCAGACCCUCACCUUGGAUACUGUGUAGAAUUGGUGCAUAGUAAGGGAUGGCCAUCUGCAAUCAGUUUUGGGUGGUGGACUGGCCAGAAUAAUUCUGCCCAGUGUUUCGGUUCAAACCCACUUCGCCACAGAGCGGGUUUUGUUGUCGAAUCUUUUAACAGUGACGCUCCUGUCCCUGGGUGCCAUCCCAGGUGUGGUCAGGGCGAAGGAGACACAGGGGAAGAUAGAUUGCGGGUUGUUCCUUUUUUUUUUAAGAAAAGAUUAGGUCUGAAACUGUGCGUGUGAUGUCCGCGCUCAGCUGUUGCCCUGUUUGGCUGCGCUCUCCUCCGUUCCAGUGACACCGAUCUUUGGUCGGAAUGCAGGCUGUUCCUUUCCAACCUCCCGGCUUGGUUGCGAUUUUUCAAGAGUUAGCCAUGUUUUGGUUUGGUUUUGGUAGAUGUGGACCCUGGCUGUGUACAUAAAAUGGUUCUUGUGUGUGUGUUCCUGUUCUGCCAUGUGUCAAAUAAACUUUGUAUGUUUUUCAAA